AUGAAGGUUUUUCCUAACUUGUCUUCUCUCCAAUCACUAUCGUUAAAAAGCUGCCGCAGAGGGAGAAAGCAACCAAGAUCCCAACAGCUGGCCAGCAGCGGAAGCAAGAAACAAGCUCUGGGAGAGUCAAUGCCUUCAUCGAGAGCUGCUUUUCAUUCCUCACCAAGGAUUAGCUGCCUUGCUCAAACAGCUCAAAUCUCAGCCCAGGCAGGCGAGUUCUCCAGGCCUGCAGGGCGCUCCAGAUUCCUCCCCAAAGGUUCAUCAGUAGCCACCAGACAGAUGGUCCUGUCUGUCCUGAACCUGUCGGGGUGGAAACCGUCUUUGGCGUCCGGGGAGAUGGUGCUUCCAGCCACGGGUCAGCAGGAAUCCCCUGCCGAUCGCUGGGAUGGGAGCAGCGGUGGAGACCUGGGUGACUCUGAUGGGAACACCAGCUGCCCCCCCCAACAGCCCCAGAGUGCUCGUCCUCCUAGCCAGCCGGACGUUAGGCUCACGAGACACAGGGCAGCGUGGCUUACUCCACAGGGUGCCACAGAAGAGCAGAGUCCGACACCACCGCUGGAAAGUGGCAAGGUGCCCUCCGCGAUGGACCGCGUGCUGCCAAUCCGAACCUCCCCAUCCCUCCUGAUGGAUGCAGUCCCACGGGGCAGUACUGCCGCUUCGGUGGCCAGUCCCCUCCCUAAGAGCUCAGAAAAAGAGCAUGGAGACUUUCUUCUGACCCCGGCGGCGCGCGCUGACGUGUUCCCAAGAAGCUCACUGGGGUCAUCCACGGAGUUAGUUGUUUUCAGCAGCUCUGCGAUUCCAGGUUCCACCCCACAACCUGUGCACAGCAAGGAUCUCCAGCAGACUUCCCAUCUGGGGACAGCCACUGACAAAGGUGCCAUUCCCGUGAGCAGAAGAGCCAUUUCCCUGAGUUGCUCCUCACAAGAGAAGUCAAUGCUUCCUGUAGACGUAGAGAAGGAGAAUGUCCACUUUUACGUGGCCGAUAUGAUUAUAUCUGCUAUGGAAAGAAUGAAGUACAAUAUCCUAAAUGAGCACCAAGCAGAGAUGUGGAGCGAAGGAGAAAGCUAUCAAGUUGACUCUCAGAUAUCCUCCCAUACUGCACUCAAGCAAGUGGUCACAUCAUCCACGUCUUCAGACAGUGGCUAUGAAGGCUCUGCCAGCGCCCAAAUAGAAAGAUCUUCUCCUGUCAGGGUGAAAGAAGACGGUGACAUGGAGGAGUUUGUCAUUUUGGAACCUGGGCAGUUUGACACCGUCGCCGACACUUAUAGAUGUUUCCAGGUCUCCAGCAAAAGAUCGCUUGAGCCUGACUACAGUUCUGCUGAGUUAACAGCCAAGGAGCUCUACAGAUCUUUCAGGAGCCGCUGGAGGCUGAUUGAAGUUGACUUUCAGCUUGCCGGCUCCCUGAACGCUGCUGGGCCAAUAAUUGUGAACGAAGAUAAGCUUAGAAAAGACUUUGAAUCCAGUUUGGAUGUAGUAGAAGAAAUAAAGUUCAAGUGCCAACUUAGAGGAACUGAAGACUGGGCCCCACCUCGAUUUCAAGUCCUAGUUAAUCUUCACCCUCCACGCAAGCGGAAUUGCAUUAUAGCGGCCCAAAACUUCUUCUGUGCAGGCUGUGGAACACCAAUUGAACCCAAGUACGUGAAGAGAUUGCGCUACUGCGAUUACUUGGGCAAGUAUUUCUGUAACUCUUGCCACUGCUACUCCGAAUCCUGCAUCCCUGCCCGGAUUUUAAUGAAGUGGGACUUCAAAAAGUACUACGUCAGCAACUUCUCCAAACACCUCCUGGACAGCAUAUGGCAGCAUCCAGUGUUCAAUCUGUCGGACAUCAGCAACAACCUCUACAGCAAGGCCAAAGAACUGGACAGAGUCAGAGAACUUCAAGAGCAGCUUAUUCAUAUCAAGAAAUUGUUGCUGACCUGCCGAUUUGCUGAAAGUGUUUUAAAAGAGUUUGAGAAGGUGCCUGAGCACUUGACCAAUGCACUCCACCUAUUCUCUCUGGACGACCUCGUCAAGACCAAGCGGGGGCUCCUGGCACCCGUCCUCAGAGGUAUUCUGAGGGCCAGCCUCGCACACGUGGACAGCUGUGAGCUGUGUCAAGGAAAGGGAUUUAUUUGCGAGUUCUGCCGGAACCCGGUGGUCAUCUUCCCAUUCCAGACUGCGGCAUGUAAAAGAUGCUCAGCUUGCAGAGCUUGCUUUCACAGACAGUGCUUCCAGGCUGGAGCCUGCCCCAGGUGUCAGAGGAUCAUGGCACGGAAGACAAGUUCGCCACCUGAGGAGGUGUGAGCCCACCGACAAUGAAUGAGAAAGACCCUGCCGCCCUCUUGGUGCCCCAGCACA